AUGUCUGGCUCCAGCGCAGCAGAGAAGGGCCUCAACCAGAAGCGUACGGCGAUCAGCCUAAGAGGUUUGCCGCUCGUCGCGCUCAGUUUCCAGACGCUUGGUAUUAUUUACUCCGAUAUCGGCACUUCCCCGCUCUACGUUCUCAACGGCAUCUGGCCAUCGAGCGGUCCUAUGCCUUCCAAUGAGGACAUCAUCGGCGGUGUCAGCGCAAUCAUCUGGUCUCUCACUCUCCUUCCGUUGCUCAAAUAUACCUUGAUCUCGCUUUACUUCGGAACGAAAGAAGGGGAGGGUGGCUCGUUCGCGCUGUACCAGGGCCUCUACCCCCGCGAAGAAGUUGACGUCGACUCGGAUCGAACGCUUACCGGCGACAGCUACCUCGGCAAGGAGCGCCCAAAACAUAGCUCGCUCAAGGAUAAGGCACGCUGGCCUCUCUUACUCUGGUGUCUCUUCGGGACGGCACUGACGAUGGCCGACGGUGUCUUCACACCCGCUGUGUCCGUCACGAGCGCUGUAUCAGGUAUCGGCGUCGCGAAAGCUUCGGUUCUGGGUGAUAUCGUCCCGAUAUCUGUGGUGUUCCUCCUCGCCUUGUUCUUUGUCCAACAAUUCGGGACUGCUCGCCUUGCAUUCACAUUCGCGCCGGUCUCAUUCAUCUGGUUCCUCCUUUUGAUGGGCACGGGCAUCUACAACAUCACUCUAUACCCUGGGAUAUUCCGUGCAUUCGAUCCCUCGUGUGCGAUAAUGCUGUUCAUCCGCACGAAGAACUACGAUCUACUCGCCGGCAUCCUCCUCGCCGUAACUGGGUGUGAAGCCAUGUUUGCCAACCUUGGACAGUUCAACGCGAUGUCGAUUCGGAUGUCCUUCUGCAUCUUCGUCUACCCUGCCCUCAUCUUAGCCUACCUCGGCCAAGGCGCUCGUCUGAUCGUCGACGGAGAGCAAGUUCUCGCCCAGGUCUUCUACAAUUCGAUUCCCGGACCUGUCGAUGGGCCUUUGUUCUGGAUCAUGUUCAUCUUUGCUGUCCUCGCAACGCUCAUCGCCUCCCAAGCCAUGAUCACGGCAACCUUCAGUCUUGUCCAGCAAGUCAUUAACUCCAAAGCCUUCCCGCCCAUCCGGAUGCUCUACACCUCGGAGACCAUCCAAGGCCAGGUCUACAUCCCAGCUAUCAACUGGAUACUCAUGAUUGCCACCAUCGUCAUGGUCGUCGUCUUUACAAACCUGACGAAUUUGACGAAUGCGUAUGGAUUCGCGGUGUCGACGGUCAUGUUCUCGACGAGCUUGCUCCUCACCAUUCAGAUGCGUUGGGUUAAGCAUCUGCCAAUCAUUGUUGGGAUUGCAUAUUUCUUGACGUUUGGGUUCUUUGAUGCCCUCUUCUGGGGUGCUGCGCUCAAGAAAGUUCCUUUGGGAGCAUGGGUUCCGCUUCUCAUGGGAAGCCUCCUGCUUCUGAUUAUGUUCCUCUGGGUGUGGGCCAAGUCCCUCGAAGAUGCCUUCGACGGACAGAACCGCAUGAACCUCCGACACUUUAUCGGCCACACCACUAGCCAGAAACCAAGCUCGCCUGUUUCCGAUGACGAUGAGGGUACGACAGAGGAGGACGCAGCGUACUACUUCAUGACGAAGAGCCGACCCCCAUCGGAGAAGGGCUUCGAACCCGAUUCCACGGAGAAUAAGCAAGCGCUACAACGGAUCCCGACGUGCGCUGUCUUCCACAAGAUUGCUUCGGGGAAGGGUGUGCCGCAUACGUUCAUCGGUUUCAUAAGGCAAUGGCCGUCUCUUCCGCGCAUUGUCAUUUUCCUCUCUGUCUGUGUCGUCCCGAUGGCACGCGUAUCUGUUGAAGACAGAUACGUUGUGACGAAAGUCCGCACUGUUGAUGGUUUCUACGGAGUCACUUACUAUAUCGGUUUCCGGGAUAAGUUCGACGUCCAGGUCCAAGACCUGAUCGAAAAGAUCUGCGACGUGGAGAGGCAGCUGAACCCAAGAAUAUCAGAGUCAAUCCUCGAGGAGAUCAGGACGGUGUCAAAAACUGCAACCCAUAUUGCGCCACACUACCACGUCGUCUCGAAGAAAGUCAACGUCGGGCUAACAUCGCCUGUUAUCAAUUACGUUCGUGCGCUGCUCAUCGAGUCAAUAUAUCGGCGUUUAGCCACGAUGUUCCCGGAGACCGCCAAUUGGCUAACCUCGGCUGAUGAACAGGCGGCUGUGACUGUUGUAACCUUUCCAGAAGUUUCGAUCAGUUGUCUACGUCUACGUGUGCAACGUACAGCAUCUGGCUCCCUUCUCAUUCAGUUCUGGCAAGAACGUCCAGAAAUGCCGUUGAACUACUCCAAGUGGGACCAACUCGAGUUGUCGGACGAUUCUGACAUCGAGGGGCACCCAAAUGUUGAUAAGAAGUCCCUCAUUCGGUGGAAACAACGCGACAUCCACGAGAAGCGUGAGGCGCGCAAACACAAAAUACAGAGCCUACGCGCCCAGAUCGACUGCAACGACGUCCUUCUACCGCGAAUCAAAGAAAUAAGGGACAAUCUCAAGAAUCCACCUUCAUCAACGCCUGCACCUACGUACUUCAGCUCGCUUGUUGACCAACUCCAAACCAAUCCUUCGCGGGACUGCCCUCCUGGGAAUGACUCGACCAAGAUCGAGCAGACCUACGAUGGCAUGCUGUUGAGCUUGCUGAAGAUGGUCGGUGAAAAGGCGAAGGAGAGGGUGAAGGAAAACGGGUUGCUCGAGGCAGAUAAGGAGAAGAGACUAACAAAGGAGUUGAUCGUCGAGAUGGAGACUCACGUCAAGCAGCUUGGUGAGACCAUCGAGAGGGAUCGGAAGGAGAUGGAAGAAGAAAUUCAUGAGCAAAAGAAGCACAUUACGAUGGAUGACCUCCAUGAAGGUUUCGAGAACAAGUAUGUUCCUCCAAAACCCGCUCCUCCACCCAUCCCUCUUGCCAAGAGUGAACCAAAGAAAGAGAAGGGCAAGGAGAAGGCAACAACAAUUGAAGUGCUGAACCCCAAAGCUGCAGAAUCGACCACCAGCGCCCCCAUAUCCAAGCCCGACGACGAUGAGGCGGCGGAAGGGCUUCCAGAGUUGACACCGAGCCUGGAAGCUUUCUCGAAGCUACCUUUGGGUGAUUAUGAAAAGUCUUUCCACUUCAUCCAACAACAUCGCGAUGUGUAUGUCCCCAGCGCCUCCGAUGCGCUCCUUGUCGCAGCGUUCGCUGCACAGGGAGAAGGCAAACCCAAAUACGCUAAGCAAUGCAUCCACCAAAGUCUUCUCCUCCAGUACUGUGAGAAGCUGGGUCCUGACGGCGUCGGCGUAUUUUUCAAGAAGAUGGUGUCGGGCGACAAGCGGGCUCUCAAAGUGUUCAUAGAUGACGUCGAGAAGACCUACCAGCAUGUCGUGACGCGGGUAAAGAUCAACCAAGAGGAGCAAAGACAAGGGGACCGCGAACAGAUCCAGCUCGUGCCAGAAAACCCCAACGUGACCAUCUCGUUCAACGUUCCGGACGGGCCACCGCCCGACGAGCUUCAGCUCGAAGGUCCAGGAACGGAAGGCCUGGAUGUCGAGGAAGUGCGCAAGGCGCUGCAGUUCAGAUGGGAUGUGUUCCAGGGCUUCCCGGCGGCCUUGCAGGAGGCGCUCAAAGCGGGCGAGCUGGACGGCGUGAACAAGGUGCUGGGUGAGAUGGAUGUCGCAGAGGCAGAGGGGAUCGUGAGCAAUUUGGACGUCGCAGGUAUCUUGAACUUCGCAGAAGGUGGCAUUCGGGAUGAGACUGGGAAGGAUGCUUGA